AUGAUGAGAAUAUCGACAAACGGCAAUGUGCUCGUUAAUCCAAGAGAAUACCGGUCGUUUUGUUUUCGCGGUGAAGGCCGAGCGAAUUUUGUGAUAAGUGCGAAACAUAAAAAAACAGGCGUCAGAAUUGUUUGGCGGUUUGCCAAGGCUCGCAAAUCGGGCCUAAUGACGGUGAAGGCUCGAAGCGAGCUCGUCAAUGAUUACAUGGAGCGAAUUGUUGCUCCAUUGAUCGAUGAGCAAUAUCUAGUGAAUAUGCAAAUCGUCGAAUUUGACAUCAAUGACGUUCAUCAGCUCGCAAAGAUACCCUCACUUCCAGCCAACGAGAAAAUCGAAUCGUUUGAUGAAUUGUACGGAAUUCAGGGUGAACUUUCUUUCCUUCCGAUUUCGUCUUUCCGUAAAAAUACCCCGAAUGGUGUCAUUUUGAAUCCGAAACGACUAACGUCUCUUCAAAUGCUUGAUGCUACACAAUUACCGAACGCCGCGUGGCUUGACGCUUGUACAACGUCGACGAUUACGGUUGAAAUCAAACCGAAACAGGGAUUCUUCCAACAACACCCCAACGUCGAUGUGCCGAAUUGCAAUAAUUGCAUUAUGCAGAUCGAAAAAUGCGGUUCGGCGCACUUCCGCGAAAUGUACGAUUUCUGUCCGCUCGAUUUGUACUCGGGCAACUAUUCGCGAACGCGCAAAGCGAUUCGCUCGCUAUUCUUGGUGCCGCAUCGAAAUCUUCGCGUGUUUCUCGACGGCAAUCUGGUGCAUUCCGACGUGAAGCCGUUGACGUGGAAGCAAAUCGACGGCGUUCUGUUCCCGAAUCGCCUCUCGUCGUCGGAAGACUUGAUUUCAGUGCUGGCUUUUGCGUUGUCCGGCAGCACAUCGCGACAGGGAUUCUCGCUGAAAGAGCCAUCGGUUCUCGGGCAGCUGCUGAAUGCCCAGAUGAUUGAUCCACUUGGAAUCGUUCGGGCUCACGCAGCCUAUGAAGAGCUGAGCUCCGAGUAUAAAGCGAGCCUUCUGGAUAAGACGUCAAUAUCGAGGAUAGGCAUCGACGCGAUUCUUGAUGAUUCGAUACCGCCGCCGCGGGGAAUGCUUGACGAUGAUUGUGAGAAGGUGAAGAUGUUGAGGCGAUAUUUCGUCGCCGCUACAAUGAAAGAUUGCUCGAUAAUGGUCUCGAUGCGAUUAGUGCCUCCGAUGUGUCCAACCCAACCGCCGGCCACCAACAUCAUUCGUCUGCCGAACGGUCGCGUGUUCGCCUACUCGAUAAAAAUCGUCGAUCUCGAUCCGAAGACGCCGAAAAAUUUGCUCAACUCGCACGGGCGAUUUCUCGCCGGCGCGAAACUCAUCAAAUUGGAACGCGAGCACGCGCGAGCCCAACCCGACAAACACAAUUUCGGAUUCAAGCCGUGCGUCAAACUAUAA